AUGCGGGUCACCUUGGCAAAAGGUCCAACAGUCAGUCCUGCCGUCAUUCACCACCUGGAACACCCCACUCUCAAAUCGUCCGUGGAGAGACCAGGGGUGCUGGUCAUCCCUGUCCACCCAGGUGGGAUCCACCCACGGGUCCACUCCCCACCCGGAACGUGGGCCCUGACCUGCCUGUCGCUGCAGCCAACCUACAGCCAGCUGACGCAGGGCAGUUUUUCCUUCGCCAUGGAAACGGCUGGAACAGGCACAAAUCCCAGGGCAGAAGGGCAUCAGGCUCCGGAGAAGCUGACUCAAAGCCCAGAGCGGCCAGGGACCUGCUGGGUGACCCCCCCAACCCCGGGCCUGACCGGGGCCUCUGUGUGCACCUGGACCACAGGGGAGCAGGCGGCCCCACCUCAGAGCCUGGAAGGGGCUAACGCAAGCUGGAUAGAAAGGGUCCCUCCCCAGGUGGCUGCCCUUCGCUGUCCCCCCGGCCUGGGCUGUGAGCCCUGGGGUCCCGCGGCCUGGCCAGCGGGCAGGAGCAAACACGAGGAGAAGCAGCAGGAAGGCGGCAUCGUCUCCAAGAACUUCACCAAGAAGAUCCAGCUUCCUGCGGAGGUGGACCCUGUGACCGUGUUCGCCUCGCUGUCCCCAGAGGGCCUGCUGAUCAUCGAGGCUCCCCAGGUGCCCCCUUACUCACCCUUUGGAGAGAGCAACUUCAGCAAUGAGCUCCCUCCGGACAGCCCCGAAGUCACCUGCACCUGAGAACCCCAGUCUCGGCCCGUCCUUUAUUUCCCUCCCCAGCCCCAGGGCUUCUCUGAUUCCAGGGUACACGACUUUAGCUGAGCUCAGAUUUAGUGCGACUCCAAGGUUGAGGGGGGAUGGGGAUGGGGAUGGGGACAAGGACCACAGAGUCCCUGGAUGGUGUAGUACUAGGUGCCUCCACAGGGCGGCGCAAUGGGCAGACCCAUGCUUGGUUGCGUGAGGCCAAAGAGUCCUGGGAGGUUUUUUUUCUUUUGUGACUUUUUUUUUUUUUUAAUCUAUCUCCAUGUAAACACUGUACAUUCUCUAAUUGCAAAAUGAAUAAAUGGGGACUUGACAUUUCACCUUGCAUCUGACCUUUGCAGCUAGUGCGAGGGUUGCCUUUCUCCGGGGACCUCCCCAUUACCCAGAUUGUGCCUGCCUUGGGGUUGGGCGGGUGGAGCCCGCGGGCUGGCGCCAGUGUGUUUCCACCCCCCCCUGGUCUGCAAAGGGGGAUGCUCAGGUUUAGAUCCCCGCCCACCCGGGAAAACGAACAGUGCCUUCUGCCCUCGGCCCAGACCUUUACAGCAUGCUCCCAAGGUCCCCAGAAGGACACUCCAAGGACUCUGGGACUCCCUCCGUGAAUUCUCUGGCUAAGGUACCCCCUUCUUGGGUCUCCUAUGACCAAGUUGGGAUUUAUACAGAGGGGACUGUCUCCAGACCGCUCUGCCAAGAACAGGCAAAAAGCCAGGCAGUUGUGGGGUCCUGUCUGGAGGGCGAUGUGUGUGUGUCCUUGUUUGACUUGUGCUGCUGUUUAGGGGGAAAUAACAGUGAAAAAGUGAAUAACAACAACAAUAAAGGAGCUGAAGUUCUUA